AGUCGGUAAUGUUGUGUUAGACGGUGCCUAUAUUUUUCUGCCCAUUUUGAAGUUUUAUUCAGUUAUUUUAUUGAAUGUUAGUUGUUACAAAAUGAUCUCUGACUUGGUGAAAAAGUAGCGUUAAAGUUUCAACAGGCUGUCGCCUAAAAGCUAACGUGUUAGCUAGCUGGCUAGUUUUGUCUCGUCUUCUCUGAACCGCUGCACAAAGUUGGAAAGCAGGUUGCAGCGCGCGCGUAGUUUUAAAAAUUACUUUCAUUUAAAUAAUAAACAUACAGAUAGCGCUAUUAAUGCUCUUAUUAGCUGAUUAGCAAGCUAGCUAACGGUUUCCAAAUAGAAAAUGCUUGGCGUGAUUAGCUUACAUGAACUAGCCUGCUAGUUAAAAGGAUUGGCUUGUUCGGAUGACUGAUAGGUGGAGUGGUCGUGUUAGCCAAUGGUAGCGCAGGAGGCGCGAUAAAACGAUCCAAUCACAGCGCAGGAGGCGGGAUUUUUUUCCUCCUGAAUACUGGUGGCUAAAGUAUAAGGAUGAAACGAUAACGAAAUGCAUGGCAUAUAAUUUAUUUAUUUUUGAUUUACUUCUAUGCAUUUUUUCCUUAACCUUCCUCAGAUCAGUUUAUUUACAAAUAUUUCUGUAAUGUUUUAGAUAAAAAAAAAAAACACUCCUUCCAAAAUUCUCUAUGUAACACUCUAAAUAAAUAAGGAAUAUUUUCAUGUCCUUUAUCAUUUUUUUUCUCUUCCCCAUCUAAGUACUUCAUCCUUCUGAGCGCUGGAUGUUGGAUGAUCUGUCGUAACCCCGCCUCUGGUUUGUUUCUUGUUUGGAGGAAUCACUACUGAGGUAUUGCGGUAAAGUCGGUCAGCUCAUCACCUCCACCAUCAGGAUGUUCAACCCUCACCAUCACCAGCAGCAGCAGCAGCAGUUUCAUCAGCACCUCCGUCAGCUACAGCAGCUGUUCCAGCAGCAGACCCCGCCACCGCCUCCUCCACCUCCUCCACCACCACCACAACCUCCACCGACGCAUCAUAUCCCCCAUCACCACGGGGGAGGCCGGCCAAUGACUGUCCCGGCUCCAGCGCCGCCUCCUGCCCGCAUGGUCAACCUGUGCUCCGCCACUCAGACCAUCAUUGCCCCUAAUCCCAUGCUGCAAGGUGCACUACUGAUGCAGCAGAUGCAAGGGGGUAUGCGGAGCUUUGCAAUGGGUGGACAGCAGUUCCAGCAGUUUUUCGCUGCAGGCUCAAGAUCCUCCAUUUUGGGUCCGGUUCCACUGGGGGUUGCUAUUAAGACUCCACAUAUGGGAUUUCCUCCACGACACUUCAACCCUCAUGCUCGCUAUUUCAACAAUGACUUUCAGUCACGACAGCCGGACAGGAAGAGGGAGAGCGAGCACAGACCUGCAAUCGGCCCUGAUAGCCAGUCUGGUGCGAGCAGCAGCCGAGAUGAAACCACAGCAGUGGCAGACGUCAGCAGUCAGUCGUCCACGCAGCAGUCGGAUGAGCCAGCUGCAAAGAAACAGAGAACAGAAGGGCCAAAUGAUUCGCUCGAGACUGAAACCUCUCCGAAUACUGAGUAUGAACGCACAGCUGAAGAUCCUGAUCCUGCAGACUGCAUACUAGAAGAAGACGGGACAGUAGCGGGAUCUGAGGCAGCUGAGGCACUGGAGCAAAGCCGGGCAGCUGAGCAGGUAGAAGGCCCCGAGUCUUCACUCAAAGACGCAGAUCAGCAGAGCAGUUCAAGCCAGUCGGAGCCUGCGGGUUCAGUGACUGUAGCUGAUGGUAAAGAUGACACAAGCAGUGAUGGGGCUAGAGAAGCAGGAGGAGGAGGAGGAGGAGGAGGAGGAGAAACUGCUAACAAAUUCUACUGCUAUAUCUGUAACAUCACCUGCCACAACCAACAAAAUUUCCAGAGCCAUAUGAAUGGGUUGGCCCACCAGCAAAGGAUGAUGGAAAUUCAGCACAUGAGUAACGCCUGCCUCGUCACGUUGCUGCCUCGUGUACAGGAGUCUCUGCAGGGGUCGCGCAAAGACGGGGAGAAAAGACCAGGCCUGCAGAGGUGGUGUCCUACCUGCAGAACCCACUUCACUACUAACGUCAUGGAUCAUCGUAAGACCAGGGAGCACAAGAUCUGUAGCCGUUCUUCGAGUCCCAGCUGCACUGUCUGUAAGCAGCAGUUCAGAACGUCUAGAGAGUUCAUCGAACACAUGCAGUCCACUGAGCACAAACAGCGCAUGGAGCAGGUGUUGAAAGAGACCGGGAAGGGGAAUCUGGACGAAUUGGCUUUGGAGGUGUACACAGUGGGCGCUGAUGAAGAAGGCAUGGACAGUGACGAGGAAGAGAGGAUGGAUGAAGAAAAUGGACAGCAGGAAGGACUGCCUGUACAGAUGGAGGUCACAUUGGAAGAUAUGACGGAGGAGGAAGAGUUUGACUCAGACACUGUAUACGGUUCCAACUUCGUAAUUCCUGUGGCUGGGUUUCUGUGCCGGCUGUGUAACGAGUUCUAUCACUACGAGGCAUCAGCACGACGCUCUCACUGCAAGACACGCCAACACUUUGAGAAUCUAAAGAGAUAUAAGGCAUUAAAGAUUCAGGAAGCUUCAGCUUUACAGGCCUCAGAGUCAGUUUGCACCUCAGCGGAUCAUCAAACCAAGGACACGGAGUCUCCUAGCGGUUCCUCUGUAAGUGACCCUGCCAUCAGUAACAGUAGACUAGUGUCCACUGGAGCAGCUACUGAUCAGGAAAGCAUCACCACCACCAGCACCACCAGCAAAGGGAGUAACAACAACAGCAGCAGCAGCACGCCGCCUUCCCCUAACCAGCAGCCUGCUUCUGGGUCUCCCACCCAGUCCAGAGACACGGAGGAAGACGCGGUCACAGAAGAGCCCGACGAAGAGGAGGACGUUCUCAGCGGUGUCCCCGAAGAGAAGACGAGCAGAGGGCGCGGUAGGACGCCUGCCAAGAAAAGAGGGAGAGGAGGAAGACGACGCUGAGCGCUGGGGAAGACGUAGAGCUGGAGGAAUGAGCUGCUAUGGAGAGAUAGAAAGAGUGGGAAUAUUUAAUUCGAUGUCCGUUACCCAUCCUCUGUUGUUCACUAAAAGAGUGGGAAGCCAGGACAGUAGGACAAUCCCUGUAGAGAUUAGGUCUUUUAUUCAGCCAUUUUGUAGGUCUUUGCCCCAGAUUUUACAUCUGAAACCCUCACAGGUUAUAGUACUUUUUUUUUUUCUUUUGAGAUUUAUUCAGAAUGUGUGUAAAGAUGAAGAAAGGAUCAAAGGAUCUUGCACAUUUCCAUCUGUUGAGGUUCUUGAUCCCUCACAAGCUUGUAGUGACCUAGAAUGUAGCAACGUUUUACUUUAACAAGCAUUUUUAACGUGGUUUUGUAAAGCGUAAAAAAAAAAAAAGAACUGAGGAAAAAAAAAUAUUAAGGUACGUUUAUUUUGAAAGGAAAUACAUUGUGUGUUGAGAUGAUCUGUGGAAUAACAUGCAACCGAGCUAUGAAUUAAGUGAACACCAAGUUAAAAAAAAAACUGAUUACAGUCCCUGGCUUAUUUAAAUCUGAGAAUUUUUUUUUUUUUUUUUGGCGCCACACAUUUAGCUUCAGGCUAAACUCGGGCAAAUCCUGAUCAGAGACCUGUGAUGCUCUUGGAUAAAGUGUCCUUCACUGUAGGCUGGAUGUACAGAUACCUCUCAUGGUUGCUGUGUCUCCUGGAGAAAAGGAAGCAUUGGAAACAAGUGACAGGGGAUACUACUCAGUAUGUGUCUUCUUACAUUGGAUCCGUUCAGUAAACCUCGAAUCAGUCUAAAUGCAUAAGGAUGUCUCCGGGUUGCCUGUCAGGAAGGUGAUCUUGUGUGAGCUGAGCUUGAAGAGAAGAAACAGAACCUUCAGGUUAGCUCUAGCAGGAUCCCGUAAAAGCCAGCGCUCUUUAAAGAGCUUUUUUUUCUACGCAUGCUAUUCCAACGACCAAUAAGGAAAGUGUUACUUCACAAGUGUUUUUUUCGGAGUCUUAGCCUAGAAUCCGGGAUUCUUGAGCAUCACCCUAGUGUCCUAGUGUUGGUGGAGUUGUUGUUCUUAAUGUCGUUAGCUUAGCUGGUUGUAUGGCCAUGCCGUUUGUCUUUCAUGCUCCUAUGUAAUUUGUCUGAUUUUUUUUUUUUUAACGCUAAUUUUCAGAAGCCAGUAAUCCUUUCAUUCACUCAGUUUAGUUUACAGCUAUUGUAUGUGGUCCAAAACCAGGAAGGAGAACACAGAUUCACAAAUGAGAGGAUGAUGCAAACAAUGUGCUAUAUCCACAGUGUCAUGACGAUCUGAAAUGCUGCAUAGAUCCUAUCGAUUAUUGUCGUUUGGUCAAAGUAAAAAGACAGAGAUCUCGUGGUGGGUUUAAGGAGAUGGUAUCUCCAAACAUUUCCGUCAGUCUGCUGGUCCCAUGGUGUUAUACGUCUCUCCUAAUUCUGUGCUUGUGCUUUAUUUUUUCACUUUAACCUUUACAAAUGUGAGCUUUGACUCUCAGAAAUGCUGAACGGUUUCGUGCAAAGCUGAGAGCAAAUCUUUUAAGCUGCUUUAUACAAAGUUUUUUUUUUUUUUUUUUUUUGAGGAUCUUUUUACUCUCUCAGUGGCAUUAGCUGUAUGAUUGUGAUGCUUUUUUUCCUCUCCACAAAGGGUUUCCACAAAGGUGUUUUUUUUUUUUUUUGCAACUACAAUACCGUGUGUCGUUUUAUGUAUUCUUUUUUAUUUGUAUCUCAGCAAACACUGUCAAAAUACACUGGAAAAAACCUGAAACAGCAUGUUGUGUGUGUUUAACCUGGCAAGUAAAAGUCAUGUUGUUUGGCUGUUGCUGCAGUACACUUGGGGACUCUUAGUGUAAAAAAAGAAAAAAAAUGAAGCAGCUGGGCUUUAAGAUGUAAUUAGCAAUUGGUACUUUUAGUAUACAAUCCCUAAUGGAUUGGAUAUUAAAUCCCUGAUCUUCUCAUUUCCCCUGAUGAUACCUGGAUAAAUUUGUCUUGAGGUUCAUGGAUGUUAUCCCAUGCACAGGUCUCGUUUAGAAAGUGUUCACACAGUUUCACUGGAUGUCCGUGAUUUAUUUUCAUAAUUGGAUUAACUAACAAUAGUGGAAAAAUUUUGUGUGAGAAAUUGUUUGUUCAGUAAGAUAAAAUCGCUUUGAAGUGGCAUGUUUCCAGAAUUGUUUUAGCAUCAGAGAGGGCCACAUGGAGCUAAUCCUGUUGUUCGAUUUAUGGAAAGAUCUGAAGCCAUAUCCAGAUCAGGUACAGCUCUAGAUCCGCCCUCAUUCUGUACUGGAAUGACAUUAUUAACAAAUCUGAUUGAGAUCAUUGAGAUAAUAGAUCCUUCAGGAUUUUAAGGCAGUAAACACUCAAGCUUCUUUGAGGUUUCAAUUUGAGGUGUACAUUUGUUAAGCCGGUUAGUCAUUCCUGAUAUUUCUGAAAGGCAGAUCUUAGUCAUUGUUAGCCACAAACACCAUACGCAGUAUUAGUCACUCAGAAAUCAAGAGAAGUUACACAUUACACAUUACAUUUAACAACUAAACUCUAUAAAUGUACACCUUAAAUCCAGUUCCAGAAAAAAAAAAAAACACUCAUUGUAGUCACUCAUGGCUGUUUUGAAGACAAACCAUAA